AUAGAUCAAAAGAUGACUGGAGUAGGAAUUUAAACUUAUGACUAUCCUUCUGAGGGUUUAUGAAUUCCUGAACAACUAAAUAUUCAGUAUUUUGCAUUUUUCUGUGCAUUUAUUUUGUAGCCUCCUAUGCCUCUGCAUUUGUUGAUGGUAGUUGAAGUACAAGUUAGCUGCACCGUAUUACAUGAAUGAGCAGUAAAAGGAGUACAUUUUUUCUUUUCUUCUUCUUUUGAGCUUAUUUUUUUGAGUUUCCUAAACACACACAUACCCACAAAGGCUGCAAGAGCUUCAUCUUAGCUUGGCUGGAGUUUGUCAGCACCGACCUCCAGCCAAGCUCCUGUUGCUGUGAGGGAACCAGCUGUAAACUCAUCUAAUCCUCCAGCCGUUCUACCUUUUAGAUGGAACAGCCCAGCGCCUCUGUCCUCCCCUGCCGCACUAUCACAUUUGGUACAGCCCAUUGGUUCUUUUCUAGCUGGUUUGCCACUGACUCAAUAGCAUCACAGCAGUCAGCCAAACGGGAGGCUGAUCACACAGGCAGAGUCAAAACAACACACACUCAUGCCUGCAUGCACACUCUUUCCCACACACACAGCAGGAGUGCGGAUAUAAGAAGAGUUAAGAAACAGAAAGAAAGACAUUUGUUGGCUAUCCUCUUUGUUCUUUAGGUUCCUGGUUCUUUUGCUUUCCUGAUAUGACCCUUUUCAGUCCUAAAUACAUGAGCAUGAGCGGAGAGCUGAAGUCAAGCCGCUCCAGGGCAGCCAAUAAGAGGGCCAACACCACCUAUGGCAGAUCUGAGUUCGACCUGGACUAUGACAGCUAUCAGGAGGACUACUAUGACAGGUCACAUGACUACCAGCGUGUUCCAGUCUCCCUCUCUCCCAUACACCAGGGACCUAGUCUGGCCAAGAGAUCCCGCUCCUCCUCCUACUCCUCUGGGAACAGACGCAUCCGCCGGGACAGAAACAACUCCAGAAGCUCCAGAUCUCAUUCCUCCUGUUCAAACACAAAUAAGUUGGGGAUGGAGGAGUUGCAGGUGAUUAAAAAGGAGCUGACUCUGAUAAAGACACAGAUCGAUGGGCUUCUUGACAGUCUUGACAGGAUGGACUCACAGAGGAAUGACCACAAAGGAUCUCCCCUGAGAGAAGACAGUUCGGCUGGCUCACCUUACGCUGGAUCUGCCAGCAGCCCAGAGCAUUCCAUCUCCUCCCUUUCUCCACCCAGUUCCCGUCACCGGAUCUACAAAGGCAGCCCUGACCUCAGCCUGCGAGAUGAGGACCACAUCAUGAUGAUCAACCACACUGAUCCCGAUGAAGAAAUAUGAAGGAGAAAUGUUCCAGUCGCUGUGGAUAAAGUGCCAAACAUGGAGGAAAAGACCUUCAAGUUAACAUCUAAUUCUGAGGCUUAAUGCAGGCAGAUCAAAUCAGAUGGUAGAGUCAAUUUUAUUGUAUUACUGCAGCUGGAUUUUACAUGACAUUGAAACACUGAUGCAGCUUAAACUGUCAUUUCCACCUACACAUGAAACUGACAAGAAAAAUAAAUCCGGUUGUUCUGGGGGACAUCAAGGAGAUAGCGGGGAGAGAGGGGUUCUGUCUGGGUAGUAAAUUCUAAAAACAGAGAAAUGUUGCAUCUUUGGGAAUUACAUUUUAAUUUCUUAAUUUUAUGUUGAAAGUCAGUUCCCAUUUCAAGCAGUAUUUCCCAUAUAGACAGUAUAACAACCAACUGAAGCAAUUGUUUUGUCACUUGUAAAGAAAACUUAGAUCAAAUAGGGAGUCAGUUUUAAAACAUUAAAAGGUUUACAUUUGUAUUUAGUAAAGUUUGGAUACAGUUUAGACAUGUGGAAAUUUUGCGCAGAAAGUUCUUUAAAAUAUAAUGAAGGAAUGCUUAGGAAGGGCUUAAGAGAAGGGUUGAGUUCACAAAACACACAUUCUGUGCAUCCAGAACAAUUGAGUUAGAAAACAAUCGAUGUGAAAAGCAUGAGUGAAAAAGCAGCUAAUGUUAAAAGAAAAACCAGGUGAACUGUAGUUUACAGCUCUUUUGAAGGAAGAAAAUUGCUUUUUUAUUAUAUUUUAGAUGUUUUAUUUGAUUAUUGGUUACUAAAUGCAUCACACAUUGGACAUAUGCAAAUGAAAGUCCAUAUAAAGAGACUAAAACCUCCAUUUUAGAUAUAGGGCUCAAACUGGAAUAGGAUUCAUGCGGUUUAAGAUCUUUUAAAAAGGAUUUUCUGUGGCAAAACACACUUGCAAAAAGACAUCUAGUUGGAGAUGUUAUUUUUUUUCUCCUCAAAGGCCUCUAUAAUAUGUAAAAUGCCAUUAAGAAUAUCAAGCUUUUUUAUCUGAAUAAAUUUGUAAAUGAUUUUCUCCACCUUUAGGAAAUCUAUCUACAUCAACUUAAUGUGUGUUGAAGGAACUAAUCCUUCAUGUAUUUGGCAUUUAAAAUGUAUAAAAGCCCAUUUUAUUGUGUGAUGUUGUGCAUUAUUGUGUACGGAAGCCGAAAGCGGCCUAUUCUACCUUUGAUCGAUUGAUUAAUGAGAUAUUAGAUCUUGUUAUCACGAGAAGGGCAGACCGUUUUCGACUUCCAUAAUUGUGUACAUUACUGUAAUUGUUUGAUUUUCAACUUGUUUUAGGGCUUUUUUCUUUGUCUUUUUUUAAAUAAUGUUAUUGCGCUAAAUUUCUAUGAUGUUACAUCUCUCUGUUUGCAUUUUACAUACAAGUUAAGUAAAAAAUACUCAUUGUAAUUGUAGUAAAAGUAUUUUCAUACCAAGUAUAAAAAAACAUAUUGUAAUGUGUUUAAAUCUACAUCCAACAGAUGUAAAAUAAGCUUAAAAAAGGGGAGGAGGUAAAAUUGUAAAAUAAAGUGAAAAAUCAACAGUUUUUAAAUAAUCUGCUAAGGAACUAUGACUUUAUUUAUAACUUUCUUCAUAAAGUAUAUAAUUUUCAGUUCUGUGCAAUAAUCCGAACAAAACUGAAUGGGAGUAAAUGACACAUUUAAUUGUUUGUCAAAGGAGAGCCAGUUUCUGUACACACUCUGGUCAUGUGACCAUACAUAUCUUUGAAACCACACCUCUUUUUGUCAUUUCUCAGAUGGUUUAAUAAAGAUCUCUGACCUACA